AUGGCUUCCUUUCACUUCACUCUCCUCCUCGUCCUCUUCCUCUCUCUCUUUCUCUCCACUUCAGCCAAUCUCCACAACACGAAAGCCCUUCUUCACAAGUCCUCAAAUCUUUACGAUUCACAACUCCUCACUCUCCCUCUCAAUGACACCCCACCAACUCUUUUCUUUGAAGUAACCAAACCCAUUAAGCAUCCCAACACCGAACCUUGUUCGCAUCAAAUUCUCCGCCAUGACUUUGGCUACACAUACGGGAAACCCCCGGUUACUGCUAACUACACGCCGCCUACUCAUUGUUCUUCCCAGAAGUUCUCCACGAUCGUCCUCGAAUGGAAUGCCACUUGUAAAGGAAGACAAUUUGACCGCAUUUUUGGGGUUUGGUUAGGUGGGGUUGAGCUUUUAAGAAGUUGUACAGCUGAACCGAGGGCUACUGGGAUAGUUUGGAGUGUUGAGAAGGAUAUAACGAGGUACUAUUCGUUGCUUCUUAAGAAUGAAACUCAAACUUUUGCUGUUUAUAUGGGUAAUCUUGUUGAUAAAACUUAUACUGGUGUGUAUCAUGUCGAUAUAACUAUGUAUUUUUAUCCUGCUGAAGAGGGUUUUGAUAGGAAUGAGCAUGUUUUGAAGCAUAAUUUGAAAUCUGGGUAUAGUCCCGAGGCUGAUUUGAUUUUGCCCAUUUCACGAAAUUCGCCGGGAAAUGAUGGGUUGUGGUUUGAGAUUGAGAAUUCAACUGAUGCUCAGGUGAAGGAAUUCAAGAUUCCUCAAAAUGUGUAUAGAGCUGUGUUAGAGGUGUAUGUUUCUUUUCAUGAGAAUGAUGAAUCUUGGUAUGGAAAUCUUCCGAAUGAUUACAUUGCCGAAAAUAAUCUGACUGGUUAUGCUGGAAAUGGACCUUUUAGGGAGGUUGUGGUGAGUCUUGACAGUGAGGUUGUUGGUGCAGUUUGGCCUUUUACUGUAGUAUAUACCGGAGGGAUUAAUCCUCUCUUAUGGAGACCUAUUACCGGCAUCGGUUCAUUCAAUCUUCCUACUUAUGAUAUUGAAAUCACUCCCUUUUUGGGGAAUAUAUUGGAAGGAAAGACUCAUAGGAUUGGGUUUAGUGUUACUAAUGCUUUGAAUGUGUGGUACAUAGAUGCUAAUUUGCAUCUUUGGUUGGACAGUGAGUACACGAAAACUGAGGGAAAGCUUUUGAAACAUGAAACCACACCUCUCCAUGUUAAUUAUGUAUCAAAUUAUACAGGUUUAAAUGGAACGUUUUUCACAGAUGUAAACAGGUCCAUAUCCUCAACAGGAUGGGUUAAGUCAUCCCGGGGAAUGAUUACAACUAAUUUUAUUCAAGACUUUAGUUUCAGUAACUCAAUGGUCAUGGGCAAUAAUGCCGAUUUGCAGAUUGUGAAUCAGACAAUCCAUUUUAAUGACAGCGUUUCUGCCAACAUGACGUCCUCUAAGGUCCACUCAGCGAAAUCAUUUAAAAUGUUCUCCUUCUACAUGUACUCAGAUUCUUUGGAUCAAGGAAAUGGAAGUUAUUUAGCUGUUGCAAAUGUCAGUUUGGGAUUUAAUGUGAAGAAAUCUAAGAAGGCUGGUUUUGGAUUCUUGAGCAGCACUCUCAAUAACUUGCAGAAUGGACAGGGUGUCAUGGUUGUGAAGGACAACUUAGUAAGGAGUGGAAUAGGCAGCACACAACAAUUGUACAACUAUCGUGGUAGAGAGUUAUGUUAUUUUAGGAACGUAAGCAGCUCAAACUACACCAUUCUUCAUGAUGAAUUUCGAAAUAAUUGCCCUAAAAGAACAGUGUCUCGGUUCGGUUUUGGGGUGGCAAAACUACCAGCUUCUGCCAGCUAGAAUGGCUCCUGUAGUAUCUGAAUAGUUUGAUGGUGUCUUGUGAGCAACUAAUUUAACGUUUGGACACAGUUCAUUUGUCAGUUUCUUCAUAAAGGUGCUACUUUACUUGGGUUUUCGGAGGGGUUCUGGAAUGUGGCUGCAAGAAAUAAAAUUGUAAUUGUCCGGUGUUCUUUAUUUAUUAUGAACAUAUCAGCUUUGUGGAUAAUUUUAUAUUAGCCUUUUCAACUAUAUUACCAUAUUUUGAUUGUUCAUAAUGGCAUUUGGAUCCAGUGUUGAUGUUUGAGUUCGACGAACCAUGGUUUUGAAGAGUAUCUUUUUUUAUCGUGUCAU